AUGGGACGACGACCUUGCAAGCGUCAGAUCUACAAUGAGUACGAAUCUCUUGAAGAGCAACAACGAAAGCAAGUUCUACUAGGAGAUAUACAUACUGAAUAUCAUGGACGACUCAAUCAACAUUCAAUUCGCAUGGCAGUACCAGUUGGCGCUCCUCAUCCACUUAUAUAUCCUCCUCCCGGUGCCCCAGAAUUGCCUACACCCCAGCUUGACUGGGUUUUUCAAUCUCCAUAUCGUGUUUUUGAUGGCGACCUUGACAUGGAAGAGAUGGAAGAUUGUGAAUUGGAGGCGCUGGGACUGAAGAAAUAUCUUCGUCCUGACAGGGAAAAUGGUCUCGAGAGCACAAAAACGCUACAAAAAAAGAAAACACAGUCGGUUUGGACUGAAAGUGGAUAUUUUCGCAAGGUCACUUUGAAGAGCUUAGGGUUGUACAUUCAGCUUGGACAUAACGACUGUCAGGUCCCAAUAAACGCAUUCAACGACGACUUCAUUGUCAUCUGUCAGACCGGAAUUCAUGAAGUAUCCUUGAGAUAUUGUGGGUGUCCCCACGCUCCUUUGAAGCCAACACAAUUACUCCGUGCUCGUUUAUUUCCCUCAACUGUGGCUGAUCCCAAAACAGCCGCCACGUUUGACGUUCUCGAACAUUUCCAGCUUCUUUCAUUUAACUCAAAGGUCUCUGGCUAUGAGUUUUAUCACACACUAGCUCGAAUUACUGACAACAUGGGAACCAGGCCGCCACCGGAUCGCUAUCCUGUCUUUAUGAGGAUUGUGCGUGAAUGGCGGCACAUCCGGCUUCUCAAACGAAUGGGUCGCGGGCACGCAGAGUCUGGAGUCAAAGGUACCAAAGAAGGAGAAUGGCUUUAUUCUCUUUUCAUCGCCAUUGACGCCAAUUUCCGCCUGAAGCGAAUGAAUGUGUCUAGUGAUGAAAGGGAUCCUGGAUUGAAUCAUGGAUAUGCUUACAUGGUGGAAAGUAAUAAGUUCAAGAACUACCUGGCUACUUAUGACGGUCGAAUCGCUGACGAGAAAAGCACAUGCAAUAAUCAUGAUGCUAUCAAAUCGGCAAACGCGAGGGGAGGACACGGUACUGCUGCUAGUGGGCUUGGAACAGCUGAAUGUAGUAGGCACGACAUGAAACGCCCUGUUUCGGUCGGUGACCUGCAAAAGGGUGAACGCUAUGUAAAUAUGGAUUAUUUUUUUCUGUCAAGCAUAGCAUAUACAAUAUUGCUUCGCAUUGUUGUCUCAUAUGACAUUGCUUGUCAAUGGUGGGUAAACCUUCUCAAACGAUGUCAAAUCUACCCAGAAAAUGUGCUCUCAAACCCUUCUGCACCUUCCCUUGUAUACCUUGUACCUAAGUUUCACCUUCCCGCCCACGUUCAAAAAUGCCAAGCCGCUUUCUCUUUCAACUACACACCGGGUGUUGGCCGGACAGACGGCGAAGCUCCUGAGCGGGGAUGGUCAGCCACAAAUGGUAUUGCAAGCAGCACCAAGGAAAUGGGUCCGGGAUCACGCAAUGACACCCUGGACAACCAUUUUGGGGAUUACAACUGGCGAAAAAUCAUUACAAUUGCUGAUACAUUUGUUCGCAAAGCAAAAGAGGCUAUUCACGAACGAAAAGAGCAUGUGGAGUCUUUCAUCGAGUUUGAUGCAGUGCUCCCCAAGGAUACAACGUCAGAAUGGACACAAAUGUGUCAAGCCUGGGAAAAAGACCCAAAACAGCCAAACCCUUUUGCGCUUGCCAAGAAUGCCAAUAUCACCGAGUCUGAUGUCCGCUUGCGCCUAGCUUGCAAGGAAUCCGAAGCAGUGAAGCGAGGAGACUCACUUGCGCUACACGUUGAUGUCAGUCCUAGUGUCUUAAUCUCCCAAGGUCUUCAACUAGAAGAGCUGCAAGCGCGUCUUUCCAUUGAUACUGCCAAACUUGGGCCGCACUCCACCAGUUUACAACAAACAAAAAUUCUAGAAAGGUCCAAUUCGUUGAAGCGUCGCAUUGAUGCUUGGACUGCUGUCCAACAUCUUUAUAUGCCCGGAGUUGUGUUGUAUCGCUCCAAGAUUGACGCCAAUACCGCAAUACCAGUUGCAAUCCAAGACAUCAAGCUCUUCCUUCUAUCGUACAACGGCUAUACUCUUCGUUGUUCCUCGCUUCCCUUGCUUAAAUGCGAAUGGGAAUAUCGUUACGCUCAAGCUGAAGAAUCCCUCAAUUCCUUACGUGGGUUUCUCCUCCUUCGCUCUCACAUGUUUAAGUCCAAGAAAAGGCACUCCCGUGGCCAGCGAAUGCAAACUAGAAGUUUGGGCUUGCUUGCAGCUGUUGAAGAAAAGGUCAAGUUUGCGACAAAGACCUACAAUGUUGCAUACAACGCAUUAGAAGCUCUUUCGACCCCCCUCGUCCAGUGCGCAUGGCGACAAAUCCUUCGACCCCUUUUGGACACCGAUGUCACUGGCCUAACCUCGAUGGAUUACUCCGGGAGCAAAGGGCGCAAAAAGCUGUCUUGGAUAUGGAAAGUUCAUGGCAUGGGGGAAGACGCGGAGAAGUCUACUCAAGCAGUACUUCGUGUUGAGUGGUGCAAGUCGCGUGCCAGAGCACAUCGCUGGCAGGAAGAAUGCUUGCUACUGGCCGAAGAAAUGCGUCGGGUAAUAGCAUUUUUUAACUGGCAGGCAAAUAUAUGGGAAACACGAGCUACAGAUAUUGUUGCAUCAUCUAACUCGAUCUCGGACUCUACAACAUUAGAUGGGAAGAUUGCAUAUGCCCAAAAGCAGGCAGGAAUUCGUCGGGACAUAGUAGCUCUUUGUGAGAAGGAAUGGAAGGGUAUUUCAGAGUCGUUGACAACAUUAGAAGGCCACAAUGCAUAUGUUAUGGUAGAAUGCCACUAA